UCGCCUUUAAUAGCUGAGCAUGGUUUAUAUGUGCAACCUUAAACUCCAUUAAAAAAAUUAUUUCACUGAAUCUGUACAUGUGAUUUAAAUAAAAGAAGUGCGAGAAAAAUAAAUAAAAUUUAAAAUAGGUUUCUACUAUUGAAUUGGGGUAUAAAUACUUGCACACGCUGUAAAACACAGAGAAACUCUGAGUUGCUCUCCCUCUCUGGCUCUCUCUAUCGUUACUAUGACCGGUGGCGCCUCCGCUGCGACCACUCCUACUCCGGUGGAGAACCUAACGACGACCACCACUCCCACCGAAACCCCUUCCACCUCCGCCGACUUCGCCUCACACGUGCCGCGGCGAGAUGUCCUCCGGCGCCGCUCCCAGAACCUGAAGCAACUGGCGAAAUGCUACAGAGACCACUACUGGGCCUUGAUGGAGGACCUCAAGAUCCACUACCGCGACUACUACUGGAACUACGGCGUCAGCCCCGUCCACGAGAACAACAACAACAACAACGGCGGCGGCGAUGGCGACAACGACAAAUUCAACCGGCGGUGCUCUUCUAUUGGAUGUAAAUUGACGGCCAUGGCGUUGACGAGCUUCUGUCAGCUUCAUAUUCUAUCGGAUUCCAAGCAGAGGCUCUACAAGGCCUGCGAUUACGUCAUCAAGAGUGCUCAGGCAGGUCCUAUAACAUGUGGGAAGCCAAUAUUGAGAUCCAGUACUCCUUCUCUGUGUGCCGUCCACUUCCUAAAGGCUCAGAAGCAUGUCACCAGGGCCUUGCGGAAGGCAGGUCUUAAUGUGUCCUCAUCAAGUAAGCUUGCUCCUAAGUUCCAUGUCAUAGUGGCAGAAUAUGUACACCAAAUCCAAUCCAAGCGAAAAGCUGCACGUGAGGAGAAUCGAAGUAAAGUUGCUAUUAAGGAAGAACUUGUUGACUGAGCUCCCCAACUACGCCCAUGGACGACUAGUUGGUUAAAAUACUCUCGCUCUUGCGGAUCUUUAGAGCCUCAAGUUUUGGUGAUGUGAGGUGCAUUAGCCUUGGAUCAUCCCAUGGGAUGUGUAUGAGUUGCACAACAGUUUGUUCCUUACUCUUUAGUGAAGUUCUUAAAGCUUGUUCCAACUUCCAACAACGUAGACCAAAGACCUUUGUAUUUUGCAUUUGUAAAUUUGAUUAUUCUUUGAUGA